CUUUACAUUCCACUGAAAUAGUCUAAAAGGAAUGGACAAAUAGACUUGCCUAAAAGGAAUGGAAAAAUAGGACCGUCUAAAUUAAAAGGAAUGGACAUUGUGUUUGUCUACUUUAAAUAGUAAAUUGAAAAAGCCUUGUUUUUACGAUGGUGGAAACUUCGACCUAUCUGUUGGAUACUAAAAGUAUUAUAUCUGAAACGUACAAUAAAAACAUAGCAACAGUUAAUAUGAGGUAUGAUUCAAAUUCUGACUUUGAUAAUGUUAUUAACGAUUCUUUAUCAAAUAUCUCCAUCGAAGAAUCUUUAUUUAUCGCACUUGGACCGAGGAGGCAAUCUUUACUAAAGGUGAUACCAAUUACCGUUGUGUACUGUAUAAUAUUCAUUACCGGAAUAGUUGGUAACAUAUGUACUUGUUUGGUAGUAGCAAGAAACAAGUACAUGCAGACAGCCACUAACUAUUACUUAUUCAACCUUGCCAUAGCUGAUUUAUUGAUGCUAGUUCUAGGCCUUCCACAGGAAGUAUAUUCCUUCUGGAGCAGCUACCCAUGGAUUUUCGGUGAAAGCUUUUGUGUUAUCCGCACAAUGGCAGCGGAGACGUCAACAUAUGCGUCUAUCCUGACGAUCACUGCUUUCACGAUUGAAAGAUAUGUCGCUAUCUGUCAUCCUCUUAAAUGUCAGACGUUGUCAAGUCUUUCCCGCGCAGUCAAAGUCAUCGUACUUCUUUGGAUCGUCAGUGCCAUCCUCUCCAUUCCUAUUGUCAUCUUGUUUGGGAUCGUUUACAAACACGAUAGAAAUGAUCAAAUCAUUCUAGACUCUGCCACCUGUAACAUUAAAGAGGAGUACGAUCAUGUCUAUAAACAUGCAUUUGAAGUGGCCACAUUUUUGUUCUUUUUGGCACCCAUGACCGUUAUCACUGUGUUGUACGUGUUAAUAGGGCUUGCUAUAAGACGGUCCAGUUUGUCCCGAGCGGGGUCUGACUCGUCAACCGGAAGUGGGCCGAAUGGUACGGAGUUACGUGCGGUGCACCAGUCUAGAGCGAGACGAUCUGUUCUCAAGAUGUUAGAAGAUUCAUGUCCUGGCUCGUGUGGUUUUAUCCGAGUCCACGGAAAUAACGGUGGCCCCGCCGUAUCAAGAUCUUUGCCCCUCACUGUUGCGGUGGUCGUCGCCUUCUUUGUAUGCUGGGCACCCUUCCACGCGCAGAGAUUAAUGGUCAUAUACGUACGUAAUUGGACACCACGGCUAAUGGAAGUCCAAGGGGUGCUUUAUUACAUCUCAGGCGUACUAUACUAUGUGAGCUCAACAAUCAACCCCAUCCUUUAUAACAUUAUGUCGCUCAAAUUUCGACAAGCAUUCAUUUGUACAAUCCUUAAACCAUGUCGACGUCGGAGAAAGCGUCCCCAGUUCGUGACGUAUAGAUUUAACAAGAGUCACACCGAUACAAAUGUGACAAUGGUUGUUGGGUAUUCCCCCGAUAAUAACAAUAGGAAUCGUCCCCAGGGCGGUAGUAGCCAGGAACCUGGUGCUACACGAAGCCAUAGCCGAUCAAAUAGCGAGAUCAGCGGCACGUCGUUGCGCAUGAUUGAUAAUGAAAACCAAGAUCCACUUGGGGGUAUUGAACUGGAACAGCUUCUAGAUGAAAUGAAACAGACCGUAUCGGGGACGUAUCACUGUCUUACAGACCCUAAUAUUGUACCUAAUGGAAGUAUACAUUCACAAACCAAUAUAUGUAACUAGGAGGCACUAAAUGGGUUUAUAUUGCGCCAAGGGCCAAGGGUUACUGAACGACUUCUGUCAGCUCGGUAGAGUAAGCCAUAGAGUACUCGAUUUGCUAUCCACUUGAUUCAUUGAAUGAUACGUCGCCCCAAGCUGUAGGAUUAACAGGGACUUUCGUUAAGGAUGAUAUAAUAGCCAAAUUUACUAUCUCCGUAAAACAAGCCAAAUCCUCUAUUUGUUUUCAGAUAAGCGUAAUUCCCGAAUUACCAUUUGAAAAAGAUUAAUCAAUCUAGGAGAGUGGAAAUACAAUAAAGCAGAUCUGAUUGGUGCCAAACCACUGCAUCAGAUAGCAUUGACCUGAAAAUAGAUCAGCGUAUUCCAGAUGUGAGGAAGGCGUAGCACUAUUUUGAAUAACGUGAUCGUGAAACGUGUAAAUUUAUAAUAUCCUGUUUUGAAAUAUUUUCCUCUUCGAGUCAUUUACUUGACCGAUUGACAAUAAUUGUAUGAGGAAAAAGGUGUAAUUAGGUUCUUACAUAAAGAAAGAAGAGGAACAGCAAUCUCCGUAUUCCAUUAUUCAUAAUGUAACACGUACACGUGUAAUUGAACAUCGUCAUUCUGGUUUAUCAGAGUACCUCUUUAUCUAAAGCGUGAGAGACUUUGAUUUAUCAUAAGCAAGACAAAAAUGUUCCUGGUCACAUAAACAGGAGGACAAAAUUAUUGUCUUGGAAUAUAUUGUCCAUUUUCCCUUUAUGUAAACUAUUUCAUUACAAAUACAAAGAAACUCUCACUUUCUCUUAUUUUUAUAUUGAAAAAUA